AUGGGGCCGGCAAUUCUUCCUCAUCGGGUUUUCUUAAGUGGAUCCCUGGCAGUAACACCGUUGCUAAGCGGCUUCCCCAUUGGCAACAACAGCGACGGCAAUCAGUACAAGAAGGAUGAGAAAAACGUCUACUUUGCGUUCGAAAUUGAACCCAUCCGGAAAGCCGUUACUGACCCCAACUUGCUCUACCGGGCAGAGCUGAGGAUGCAAGCCUCGGGACGUGGGCAAGAGCAGCGACUGGAGCUUUUCCAGCAAAAAUACCACUCAGGGAAUGAUUCCACUUGGUACUACCUUCAAGGGCUGUCGGUAAAGGUGAAGAGCGAAAAAGAAUGGCUGUCCUUCGACGUCACCAAUGUCCUCCGCUUGUGGCUGGCAAGUAGAGACAAUGUGGGAAGAUUCCGACUGAGCACUCGCUGUUCCUGCGAUGGCAUACGAAACGAUCUAUCAAUACAAAUUGAAGGCACCACCAGCGUAAGAGGGGACCAGGGCUCAAUAGCUGGGAGAUCAAAACAACGGCCGUAUCUCUUGAUCAUGGCUACCACUCCAGAACGGGCUGAUUCCUCGAGUCACAAGCGGAGAAAACGAGCCUCUCCAGACGCAGAAUUCUGCAGCAGCCAGUCAGCGGAAGCGAAGAAUUGCUGCGUACGGCGUUUCUAUAUCGAUUUCCGAAAAGACUUAAAAUGGAAGUGGAUCUACGAACCCAAAGGCUACUAUGCCAAUUUCUGCAUGGGGCCUUGUCCCUACCUCUGGAGCUCGGACACUCAGUACGCCAAGGUCCUCGCUCUCUACAACCUUCACAAUCCCUCAGCCUCAGCGGCUCCCUGUUGUGUCCCCGAUGAGCUGGACCCCCUGGGCAUCAUUUACUAUGUCGGCCGACAAGCCAAAGUAGAACAACUUUCCAAUAUGAUUGUCAAAUCCUGCCGGUGUAGCUGAGAAAAAAACAGAUCGGUGUUGGACUUGGGGAACGUCUGAAUGAUCUCUCCGGGGAAGGAGCCAGGACUGUUGAGAAGCGCCGACUCCGUUUUCCCACCCUCCGACUUCUCUGCUAAAACCUCGUGCCUUUUUUUCUUUCGUCUUUUCAUUUUUGUCUUCACAAAAAAAAAAAAAAGGAAUCUUUCUCUCUUUUUUUAAAAAAAGCAACACAAGUUGUAUUGUUAUUAUUAUUAUUAUUAUUUUAUUUGUUAAAUGUAUGUUUUUGGGGGAGGGGUGAGGAUUCUCUUAUUUUAAUGUUUUGGCUUUGGUGGUGGAGAGGACUUUCUCAGGAGAGAGAGAGAGAGAGAGAGAGGAAGAAGAAGGAGGAGGAAGAAGAAGAAGGAGGAAGAAGAAGAAGAAGAGAGGCACGGAUCCACCCAAAAACAGGCCAGGGAAGGGGUAAAAAAUAACAACCCUCUUCUUGCAAACAGAAGGGGAAGGAAGCAAUUUGCUGCGAGAUGGCAAAAGGAAAUAAAUAAGGAAUUAAAAUUUGAUCGGUGUCAAAGAGGAUCAUAAAAACUGCUGAAGGACUGCCAUGCUGACUUUGGAACACAGAGUCCAGAAUUGUUGAGUCCAGAAGAUCCAGAGGGAUGUUCUCCACAUGGCCAAAGUUUUGGGAGAGUCCUCAGGUUGCCAGACAAUGCCCGACUCUCUGAUUUUGGAUCUGAUGGGUUCCCCAAACCGGAUAAACUCUCCUUUGGACUUUAGUCUUCCGGUUCGUAGAUUGGGAUCAUUUUGGACAAUAUGGGGACCUGGUUCUUGGAAAAAAAACAAGAACCC